ACCGCGCUGUGCAGGUGGAUGCUUGGGUCGGAGGUGUCUCCAGAAUCACAAUGUUUGCAUACUUCCCCCUGGUUUCUGUCCUUGUUAGUCUCGUGUCUUCCCAGAUUCAUCCCCGAGACUUGGGAAAUGUCCGUGAUUUUGGUCCGCACUCAGAUGAUGUCAUUGACGUUGUGCCUCAUCACUCCACUGUAGGUGGAUAUGGCGAGUUUAUCAAAGACCCCGUCGAUGUCCAUGGAGGCGAUCCCAUCCACGACAUUGUCCACGACCCGCAGUCGAACAGCGUUGUGAAAGAUGUUGUUCCCGAUUCCGGCCACAGUGGUAUAGUAGAUUUUGUACCAGGUCCGGCAUCUGAUGAUGUUGUUUAUGACGUCGUACCUGGGUCUGGCCCUACUUCAGAUGCUGUUCACGACGUUGUUCCACAUCCCGACGACGUUGUUCGUGACAUUAUACCUGAAUCCGGAUCUGAUGCCAUCGUUCACGACGUAAUACCCAGCCCGAGUGUCGUCCAUGAUGUAAUCCCUGAAGCAUUUUCGAAAGACGUAGUGCAUGACGUCGUUCCAAGCUCAAACACCAUCGUCCACGACGUUGUACCAAGCUCAACAUUCCCACAGGAACCCGCAGCUUCUGAUAUUGUAAAGGACAUUAUCCCGAGCACAGCUACCAUUGAACCCGACUUCCCUGAUAUGCCGCAUCCAGAUUUCCCCAAUGCAUUCCCUGCACCCUCUCACGCCCCGACAACGUCGCCAAGCCUAAAGAACGCUGCUAUUGCUGCCCCUGUUGUCAAUCCUAAUGUCCUCAAGUGCGGCCUCAAACCAGAACCAUAUACUCUCUUUCAAUUCUCCCACUUGUCUUACAACUACCCAAAAGGUGACAUCACCUUCGAACUUGAACAGCGACCCAAGAUCAGAGCCGCCAUUUUUGAUUUAGGGACUGGGGGUCGAUUCAAGGGUAAAUACAACCUCAAGCCGAGCAUGGCCAUAAAUGGACAAAGAUUUAGACGCCAAGCUACCUACUCUGAUGGAUGCCAAGGUCAGUCACUGACCUUGAGACGCUUCUACUCCUACAGCAACUACUGCUGGGUCAUCAACCCUGUGUACCAAGACGUCAGCUUCCACAACUGCGGCCAUGGGUGUUUAGCCAAAGCUAGCUAUGGUACAGUUAGUCGUUGUGAGGCCAGCUACAAACAGACAGGGGUGUGGGCCUACUGCGCUGGAUUGGCCUACGGGGAAAGGAUCACCAAGGUUACCAUGCCCAUGCCAACUAGCUGCACGUGCAAGACGUAUCAGUGCUCGUAAAGGCAGCAACGUGAAGGAAUAUGCUAUUUUCUUAAUUCUUUUCUAAUUUUAUA